UUCCGCCCAUGUGACUUCCAGCUUGUGUUCCUCGCCUCUUACCAGAAACCACAGGCGAAAGAGCAAACCUAAAACCAAGCGGCGAUGUCACUGCAAGGGGCAGUGUCUCUGAGCGGUGGAGCAAGGAGGACGCUGGGGCUAGGCGAGGAAAGGAAGGGGGCAACCGGAGGAGUGUGGCGAAGGGGCCCGAGAAAGCGAUCUGGCCGGAAGCAGCGAAGACCGACAGACAGACAGCUAGAGAGCUGGAGGCAAGCGGGGCCAGAAAGCGAGGCGGAGGAGACUUGCACUCAAGGGAGUGUUCAGCCAUGCCCCAUAGCUCUGACAGCAGCGACUCCAGCUUCAGCCGUUCGCCUCCCCCUAGCAACAAGCAGGAUUCCUCUGACGACGUGAGGAAGGUUCAGCGAAGAGAGAAAAACCGAAUCGCAGCCCAGAAGAGCAGACAGAGGCAGACCCAGAAGGCAGACACCCUGCAUUUGGAGAGUGAAGAUCUGGAGAAGCAAAAUGCGGCUCUGCGCAAGGAAAUCAAGCAGUUGACGGAGGAGAUGAAGUAUUUUACCUCAGUCCUGAGCAGCCAUGAGCCCCUGUGCUCCAUCCUGACCACGACACCCCCGCCACCCCCCGAAGUGGUCUACAGUGCCCAUGCUUUCCACCAGCCCCACAUCAGCUCCCCACGCUUCCAGCACUGAGCCUGCCCUGUGGGGACAGAGAUAAAGGAAUUGGUGCCCAACCCUAGAGGUUGCUCCCGAGGCUUUCUGGAGAUGGGGUGCUCAGAGUAUGCUGGAAACCAUGACGGGGGCACAUCUGGUUGCAUCGACUGCCCCUGCUCCAGUGGAGCUUUUCUCGCCAGCUUUGCCUCCUCCCUGGAACCUGGAGGAGAGAGGGAGGGGUGUUUGAGACCCUCUCAGAGGCAAAGAGAUGGCUGUCCUGGGAGGGAGACUGUUUGACACCAUUUUCUGGUGGGGAGACUGUUUGACACCAUUUCCUGGCCUGCCACAUGUUUUUGGGUUCCUGGUAAUGGUGAUUCCAGAAAUCAAUGAACAGGGGCUCUUGGGUCUGUGGGUCACAGUGAGUGCAGUAGUGGAAUGGGCAGGGAAGGGGUUGAUUUUUCUAAAUAAAGAAGAUAAAAGAAGCCAGAA